AUGGACUCCCUCGGCGUGGGCUUCAUGACUGACGUGAACAUUUUCAAGCCAGAUUUCUCCCCAGGCGGAUGCGCCAACGGGGGCAUGGUAGGGUUCCACCCGCUGAAGGAGGUUAGUCAGUGGCGGUGCUGCUGGGACAUCGUCAUGGGCAAGAACAG